AUGUCCGACUACGAGAACGAGGACGCAUGCUGGAGCGCCCUGGAGGGCUUCCGGGUGAAGCUUAUCUCCAUCAUCGACCCCGCCCGCAUCACGCCCUACCUGCGCCAGUGCAAGGUGCUGAACCCUGAUGACGAGGAGCAGGUGCUCAGCGACCCCAACCUGGUCACCCGCAAGCGGAAAGUGGGAGUGCUCCUGGACAUCCUGCAGCGGACGGGCCACAAGGGCUACGUGGCCUUCCUCGAGAGCCUGGAGCUCUACUACCCACAGCUCUACAGGAAGGUCACGGGCAAGGAGCCCACCCGCGUCUUCUCCAUGAUCAUCGACGCUUCUGGAGAAUCGGGCCUGAUGCAGCUGCUGAUGAGUGAGGUGAUGAAGCUGCAGAAGAAGGUGCAGGAGCUGACGGCACUGCUGGGCUCCAGAGACAACCUCGCCGAGGAGCUGCAUGUGAAGGACAGCCUGCUGCGCAAGCUCCAGGAACGCAUGCAGCGGCUCAAGGAGGCCUGCGAGGCGGGCAGCCGUGAGCUCCAGCGCUGCAAGGACGAGAACUACGACCUGGCCCUGCGCCUGGCCCGCCAGAGCGAGGAGCGCGAUGCGGCCCUCACGGGGCACCGUGGGCUGCUGCUGGAGAUCGACCAACUGAAGCACAGCCUCAUGAAGGCGGAGGACGACUGCAGGGUGGAGCGCAAGCACACGCUGAAGCUCAGGCAUGCCAUGGAGCUGCGGCCCAGCCAGGAGCUGCUCUGGGAGCUGCAGCAGGAGAAGGCGCUGCUGCAGGCGCGCGUGCAGGGCCUGGAGGCCUCGGUGCAGGAGGGGAAGCCGGACCAGGGCCGCCCCUACAUCCAGGUGCCGGAGGAGGACUGGCAGAGGGCGCAGCGGGACCUCCAGCAACAGGCCGCCACCAUCUUCUCCCUGCGCAAGGACCUGCGCCAGGCCGAGGCCCUGCGCACCCGGAGCGCAGAGGAGAAGGAGACGUUCGAGCUGCAGUGCCUGGCCCUGCGGAGGGACUCCAAGAUGUACAAGGACCGCAUCGAGGCCAUCCUGCGGCAGAUGGAGGAGGUCGCCAUUGAAAGGGACCAGGCCACCCUGAUGCGGGAGGAGCUGCACGCACAGCACGCGCGCAGCCUGCAGGACAAGGACGUGCUGCGGAAGCAGGUCCGCGAGCUGAGCGAGAAGGUGGAUGAGCUCCAGCUGCAGCUGUUCCAGCGCGAGGGCCAGCUGCUGGCCAUGGAGGGCAAGCUCCGGCGGCAGCAGCUGGACGUACUCAUCCUGAGCUCCGACCUGGAGGACAGCUCACCCAGGAAUUCCCAGGAGUUCUCGCCCCCCCAGGACCUGGAGGAGGAUACCCAGCUCUCAGACAAAGGCAGCCUGGCUAUCGGGGAGAGCCCGGAGCAGCCGUCUGUGGCCCUGCAAGAGGAGCAGCUGUCACUGACCCCGGAGGACGCAGGACUGAACGGCCGGGAGCCCCCAGAGAAGGAGAAGGGCCGGCGGCGCCUCAAGGAGAGCUUUGAGAACUACCGCAGGAAGCGGGCCCUCCGGAAGAUGCAGCACGGCGCGCGGCAGGGGGAGGCGGAUGGAGAGAACACCACGGGCAGCGACAACACAGACACCGAGGGCGCCUAG